UGUAUUAUUUAAGCUAUGGGUAAAAUCUCCAAGGAUCAGCGGGAUAUCUACUAUCGCUUGGCAAAAGAACAGGGAUGGAGAGCUAGGAGUGCAUUCAAAUUAUUGCAAAUAGAUGACGAGUUCAGAAUUCUUGAAGGUGUAACAAAAGCGGUCGACUUAUGUGCUGCUCCUGGAAGCUGGAGCCAGGUGCUUUCGAAACGCUUGAUUGAGAAUGGGAAAGACCCGGAGAAUGUACGAAUUGUUGCAAUUGACCUACAGCCAAUGUCGCCUAUUGAUGGCGUAAUACAGCUACAAGGAGAUAUCACAGAUGGCGAGACAGCAAAGAAAGUUAUAGAAAUUUUUGGAACCCAUGCUGAUCUGGUAGUGUGCGAUGGAGCUCCUGAUGUCACCGGACUGCAUUCACUGGAUGAGUACAUGCAGGCUCAGCUAGUUUUGGCUGCACUGAACAUCACCACUCAUAUCCUCAAGCCUGGCGGAACUUUCGUGGCAAAGAUCUUCCGGGCACGCAACGUUACUUUGCUAUAUGCACAGCUAAAAAUGUUCUUCAAGGAAGUCUAUUGUGCAAAGCCGAAAGCUAGCCGCCAGAGCAGUUGCGAGUCCUUUGUCGUUUGUCGACAGUAUAGUCCUCCGGAAGGCUACGUGCCCACAUUACAUAAAGCAAUGACCCUCCCGCAUUAUGAUGAUGAACUGAACCAAGAAAAUGGUCCUAAUCGUAUCCUGGUUCCUUUCGUUGCUUGCGGUGAUCUCUCUGGAUUUGACAGUGAUGGAUUUUACCCUUUGAAAGGGCCAGACAUUCCUGUUGGACCUUUGGGAACAGAGUACGUCUUUCGUGAUGUCGUUCAGCCACCAACCGAGCCAGCCUACAAGAAAGCGGUCGAGUUGAAGAAGAAGAAUCAGCUAGUCAAACCGACGAGUAGUAUACGUAGCAUUGUAAAGAGUUUUGAGAAAAUCAAUCCGUAUACAAAGGAUGAAAACGCUGGUAACAUUGGUUACGACGACGAUUUGGUGGAAUCGCUAGCAGACUUUCUGCAAAUCAAUGAUUCUUGAAGUCGCAUAUAUUGUCUCCGAUAUCUUUGAUUACCAAGGCAGCUUUACAAUUUAACAUUUUUAUCGGUUUGGCCCUCUCUCGUCAUAUGCCGUACUCUUUGCAUUUCAAGAUUUACGUCUAAAAUUUUCUUGGGGCGGAGCUUGUUACGCUUCCCUUUUUUGCCCCUCCGAAAAUUCGAAAGGUUCAGUAUGUUUCGGGGGCAGUGCCUG